CACCCAAGCAAGUAUUGGCUAACAACAAAGAAAAAGAUUGCUGCUGUAGUCUUACCACCUUAUGCUAUCUAUCUUGCGUAUAAGAUGAAUAAAUAUAAAAAAGGCACGGCUAAACAAAGGAAUUUGCAAGAUAUUUCACAAAAAGACUGUAAAAAGACUGUAGAUAAAGAUGG